AGAACUCCCCCCUUUCAAAAAACACCAUUUUAUAUAAAAACGAAGAAGAAAGCAGCAGCGGCAAGAAACGAUGGCGACAGAAUCAGGUGGUGGUCCCACCACCAUCACCGUUCAUGUGAAAUUCAGCGGCAGAUCGAUUCCCAUCUCUCUUUCCCCAGACGCCACAGUCAGGGAUCUCAAAUCCCAUCUCCAACCCCUCACGAAUGUUCUCCCAAGAGGCCAGAAACUCAUCUACAAAGGAAAGAUUCUCGUCGAUACAAUGACCAUGAAGUCAUCAGAAGUGUUAGAUGGGUCGAAGAUUAUGCUGAUUGCCUCUCAUGGUUUGCACCAAGGGGAUGGUCCCAUCACUAAAGAUGCUUCGUCACUAUCUAGCUCAAGGAGGAUUGUUGAAGCUAAUCGAACUGAGGAGAAGAAGCCAAAAAUAUCCAUUGAAAUGAGUCAGUUAGAUCGUUGGAAGGUGACUGGUGUGGUAGCUUUGUCAGAAUGCCACUUGAAGGUUGUACCUGAGGAAAUUUGGGCUUGUGGAGAAGUCAGGGUAUUGGAUAUCAGCAACAAUUCCAUACAAGAAAUACCAGCUAAAAUUGGCUCUUUGAGAUCUAUUCAUAAAUUGCUCCUGAAUGCAAAUGAUAUAUCAGAUGAAAGCAUUAAAUGGGAAGGCAUAACGUCACUCAAGUCUCUAACAGUUCUGUCUCUAAGCCAAAAUCAUUUAGCUACUUUGCCUCCUGCAAUUGGUGCUUUAACUUCUCUGCAACAACUUCAUAUUUCUAACAACAAGUUAACAAGCUUGCCAGCUGAAAUAGGACUAUUGAGUCAACUCCAAAUUUUGAAAGCAAGCAAUAACAGGAUAAGCUCAGUACCCUCAUCCCUAGGGAAUUGUUACUCUCUUAUUGAGGUUGAUUUUUCAUCCAAUCUUUUAGUGGAGUUACCUGAGACAUUUGGGAAUUUGCGAAAUCUAAAGGUAUUGCAUCUCAGCAACAAUGGCCUUAAACUGCUCCCUCCUUCAUUGUUCAAAAUGUGCUCGAAGCUCUCAACCCUUGAUCUCCAUAACACGGAAAUUACAAUGGAUAUUCUUCGCCAGAUUGAAGGGUGGGAAGAAUUUGAUGAGCGUCGCCGAUCAAAGCACCAGAAGCAACUGGAUUUCCGUGUUGGGCACUCUGCUGGAUUUGAUGAAGGAGCAGAUAAGAAUGAGGGACGUUAAAUCCUUCAGAUUGGGAUGCCAGUUUUGUGAGAGGCCAUACUUCCUUUGGUGCCUUCAUUUUUGCAAUCAUAGUUAAAUCCGGAACUUGUAUAAUCGUCAGGAGAAAUUAUGGGGUCCUAAUGCAUGAACGCCUGUGGUGUCUUGAUGUGCCCAUUCAUUCCAGUGGGCCCAUGGUUGGAUAAUCCAGAGCAUUGGUCUGGUGGGGUUCACAUUGUUGAUGGGGAUGCUUCGAAAAUCUCACGAGUUUGAAGAUCUACAAAUAGUCGGAUGGAUAAAACCCUCCUCCAAUUGGUAUUGUUCAUCCAUGAUGGGACCCAUCAGAUCAACAGUUAUGAUCACCUGUCCAGGGGCCUCGCCUUUAACUGGAUGUUUAAGAGGACGUUCCGAUGUAUCAGAAUCCUGUAAUUUGUCCAAUCUAUAGACAUCUAUUUCAGAACGACUGCAUCGAAACAUUGCCACCAUUUGCUCUGCUUUGAGCUACUGGAAUCUCAAGAAGUGGAUUUGGGAUGCACCAGUAGCAGUACGAUUUGAAUGUGUAUGAGAUUAUAGUGAAUUAGUUCAAACGAUCAAAGGCGACAGCUGAAUCUCCUCUUC